ACUGUUCUGCUUCUCUAAAGCAAUUGAGCACUGCCUCAUUUACAGACUGAGGAAGUGAAAGACUUCGAGAUGAAGCAGAUCAUAUCACAAAUGAAAGCAACGUUUUCUCGUUUCUAGUAGUUUCUGAAAAUUCGAAUGAGAUAUGUCAGAUGACAAAACUAGUGGCAACAUUGUCAGAGAGCUGCACUUUGUUAGCUGGUUAGUUAAUUCAGAUUUAAAUGCGAAUCACUCUGACAGUAAUGAUGAUGAUAUUGAUGAAAGGGAACUGAAGGAGUGUGAAUUAAUUCCCCUAGUCAGUGACUUUGAUUCCAGCCUGCUUGACCCUGAGGAACAGUACCACCUGCCCCGGAGCAGUCCUGUUAUAUCCUGCAAGAGAUUUAACACAGAGCUAGAGACAGAGCCAUCUCUCGCUGGCCUGUCUUUGACACCUCCAGUUUGUGAUAGAUUGGAACUAUCCACCUCUUCAUCUACAACAGUUAACUCCAUCAAUUCAAAUCCACAUACACUGGAACAGCUAAAUAACUCAGAGGAAUGGGAAAAACCUUCAGUAUUACCCAACAAAGCUUUAGUACCUAAGCCAGAUAUAAACAAAGACGAAUCCUCUCUCCCUUUUUGCCUUGGGAACUGCAGUUCACCCAAGGGGUCUAUAGUACAGUCAGAGCUUCUCACAGAUAAUUGUGGUACAAGUGGAAUUUCACCAGCCUCUCAAGAGUCUCAGUCACUUCCCAGUUACUCCUCUAGUAAGCUCAGCUCUGAGUCUGUUUCUAGAAGAUUGAGUGUCCCAAAAAAUAAGAGCCCCGAGUCAGGGCCUAAAAGAAGAGACUGCUCUGACAUUCCAUCAGGAUCUGGUCAGAGGAGCUCAGGCCAAGCUAGGAAAAGUGGGUCAUUUGUUGAUGUAUACUGCACAGAAGACCUCUACAGGAGCAGUUUUGACUUAGACCAGGAGAAUGCUCAUUUUGUAGUUGUGGAUAUGAUGCUGGAAGUGCUCGAGGCUGUGAAAUGGGUUGUGUGUCUGCAACAGUUAAACCUCACAAAUCCUCAUCAAGAUAGAUAUAACACACACAACACCACGAAAAUGGACUCAAUCUCCUCCUUUGACAGCGGGUUUGAGGACUUCAGCGCAACAAACACAUAUUCUUUGGCUUCUUUUGAGAGUCCUCUCCAGAGCUCCAGAAUGCCAUGCUCCGCAGAACAUUUAGCCCAUCAUUUAGUGUCAGAGUUCAGGAAGCAGUGGUUCCCCUCUGAGCAACUGCAUAACACUGACAACUUCAACUCAGCUCUACAGGAAGUCUCUUUUCCCAUGAUGGCAGGGAACCGGAUCAGUCUAUCUGAAGAGAUCAGACAGAAGAGCAGGAUGAGAGGAACAUUAAACUGGGCUCCACCUAGAUUUCAAAUAAUCUUCUGUGUUCAACCAACACACAGACGCAGUGAUGUCAUCGCUUCCCAGCACUUCCUGUGUGCAGGUUGUGGCACAGAAGUAGACCCCAGGUGUAUAAAAAAAUUGAGAUAUUGUGACUACCUGGGUAGAUACUUUUGUGAUGGUUGCCAUGGUGGUGGCGAAUCAGUGAUUCCCAGUCGGGUUCUGAGUAACUGGGAUUUUGCGCGGUAUCCCGUCUGCCAUUUCUCCAGGCAGUUACUGGACUCCAUAUGGCACCAGCCGCUCUUCAAACUCACAAGUGUGGCAAAGAACCUGUACAGCCAGGCCAAAGAGCUACAGCGUUUCAGGCAAGAUCCUUCAAGUCAGCAAGAACCUUCGUCAUCAGCACCGAUAUGUUGGACAACUGACACUGGAUCACCUCUCCUGCCGCGGCAUCCAAAUCGAGUCCCCGGUCUGUAGGCCUGUCGGGGCUUUCAUCCUGAACACGUAAGUGUCUUUUAAUGUCUCCAGAGCCCGAUAAUUUUGACUUCUUUGCCAUGUUUUACCUCAAAGAACAAAUGUGUAACUGGGUGUAUCGAAUUUCACCAGAUUAUAACAUGAGAAUAAUAAAAAAAAUUAGCAAAGUGCGCAGAGCUCGCCGUUCACACGUCUGCUUCUUGCAUGGCGUCAAGUGACCUCCCAAAUUUCUAGUUUUGUAAGAUGUGUUGUAGGUGUUUGUAAAUGUAUAACAGGUGGUGUGAUAUCAUCAGGUCAUAAACAGGUUUUAUUUUUGAAAAUAAAAGUUAAAAUCAUAAAAUUAUAAAGUUACGAUUUUAAAAUAUGUAAGGUGGAAAAGUGUUCUGUAUACAUGUGCUUUAGGAGGUCUGACAUUCGUCUAUUUCUGUUAGCUAUAAGUUAAAUGCAAUUUCAAUUAAUUAUUGUGACGAGGAGGAGGGCGGUGCCAGGCCGUGAGUGCGCACAGUCGCCCCCCCCCCAAUCGGGCGUGCUCAGGUGGUAUGGCCGUAAGCACAUUCAACACCACUGCUUUUCAGCAGCACGAACACACAUUAACAGGGUGCUUUUCAGCUCCACAUAAACACACAUGGCAGCUGCGUGUGGCUCACUCUCUCUCGAACCGCCACAUCCCGAUGCACUUAUCCCUCUCUUCGGCUGAUUAGCCCAAUUGGGGGCAGGGCAUGCAUAGUCACGGCCCGGCCCCUCCCUCCUCCUCAUCACAAUUACAUUGUUAUAACAUCAUUACAUAUCCUAGGGAAUAAGCCAUUUAUGGCUUUAAAUGUUUGUUUGUUUUUGGCCAUAUAUUUCUACUUAUUUGAAAAUAAGUUCAUCUGGAUAAAGCUACAUGUCUUUAUAGCCACAGAGUAAUCUGUUUUUUACCAGCCUUUGUCCGUUUCACACUUUAGAAAUACUCCCUAACUUUGCCUGCUGAAUGUCUAACGAAUGUCCAAUAUAAAAACAACUUUACCCCAGUCAUUUCACUUUGCAUGCAAACGUCUUUACCUUCGUUCUUACUGACUUAUCCGGUAAACGAAAGUGUUAUGCACAUGUCUCUUCAUGGUUUGACGUCAAAAGCAGAGAAUUGCUUUCAAAUCUCAUGUAAACGGGGUUUUCUUGUUUUAUCUGAUUUUUUUAAUAGGCUGAUUUUUGGGAGUUAUCAGCAUAUUAGUGUGCAUGUAAAUGGGCUAACUGUUAACUGAUUGUUAUAAAAUGAUUGGCUAAGCCACAUUCAAGGCCGUUGCAACCACAGAUCGGUCGAAUCCUAUAUUAAAGGAAUUUUUCGGGUUCAGUACAAUUUAAGCUCAGUCAACAGCAUUUGUGGCAUAAUGUUGAUUA